AACGGAGUCAGCUUGGAACAAAGACGGAAGCGAUAGCAUGCUUAUCGGAAAUGUAUUCAAAUAUUAUUUUAUUUACAACAAACAUACAUAACAGCCACCAUAACCUGCAAUGACAAAUACAUUAUUUGAAGGUUUCCCAGUAAUGUGAAGAAGGCAUGAAAGUUCAUUUCAAGACCGAAUACCAGAGAAGUUACAGGUCCAGAAGUGUCUCUCCCCAGCGCUCUGCACCGUUGGCUGGCCUUCGUUCUGAGGAAAUGGGUAUCAGUAGAGAACCAUGCCUCCAAAGACGAAAGAAGUUUUACUUCCACUGCCCACCUCGAUCAUGUGGCACACCACAUAAAACUUUAAAUGAGCCUGUCAUUGAUGCACACCUAUUCAAGACCCCAGCUGCAGCACUUUCACCGGCUAAACCGGACCCUCCACUUGAACCACAGCCUACUGAAAAAAACAUGGACACUGAGAAGCCCGAAACAAGUGGCCAGUUUGUUAAGAAGUCCCAACAGCAUAGCAGCAAUUCACCAGCACUCUUAAAUCCACAGGAGGACCCCUCAACUUAUAAUCAUGCACUACGUAGAAAAGCUGGACUCGGGGUAUCAGCACAAAGAUCUGAUCGGCACAAAACAGAGUAUAACAGACAGUUUGCCCUAAAGACAGCAGCUCCUUCACCCACAUUAACUGCACAUGAGGCUCUCUACUCCAGUCACAGUACUGUCCCACCAUUUAAAAAGCACCCGAUUUCCAUGGAUACUGAGUACCAGCGUAGUUUUCAGGGCCUGGCCCCGCCCACAAGUUCCCACUUUCGGAGAAACCUCGAGCAUGAACGAACUCCGUUGUUCCACACACAAGUGAGGAAAAGCAAAAAUGCGCCCAAGAACAAACUUUGUCUGAAAUGUGAAUCACCAAGCCCAGAAAUCAAGGUCAAGAGGCAACAGUCGUCUCCAAAACCAAUGUCUCCUGACCAUGCCCUCUCAAAGUUAAAGAAAAACAGGGUGUUGACAGAAUAUGAAUCCAGGUUUUGUUGCCCUCUUAGGCGUAUCCCAGAAGAAAUUGAUGCUACGAGCCACACACCGCUGAUUAAGGAGCUGAGGGAGCAAGCUCUGUCAUAUCGCCGCAGAGCUUGGGGUACUAAUUUCUCCAGAGACCACCUGAGCCAACUACUGUCUGAACACAAUGCAUUAUGGGAGCCCACAGAAACCAUUGAGUCAUCGACUGAGGGGCCACAGUCCACUCGUCUAGACUUGUGUGAGGUCAGCUCUGCAGGUAGAGACAGUGGCAGGUCUUCCUGUCUGGAGGCUCUGGACCUGGCCAGCAAUACUAGUAGAUCUAGCCGCAGGGAUUCAGCUGUAGGUUCAAAAGAUGGAGAAAUUAAUGAAACAAACAAAACAACCAAAAGCAAUGCAACAACUCCUCUAAGCACUCACAGCCUCGUGGUAGAAGAUAUUUUACCUUUACAAGAAGAUGACAAAUCUGAUGGAGAAAAUGAAGGAAGAUUACCAACUCCAAGACUUAAGAUGUUACCCAUCCAGAGGACUCACCUUGAUCUCACUACACCUGCCACAGGAGGUGCUAUAUUAGUGGGAAACCUGAAGGGUACUGAUGAAGUCAUUCAGAGAUCUGGCACAGCAAACUCAAAUGCAGGCACAUCAGAGCACAUUCCAGUAAAACCCAGGGAAGCUUGGGCUGCAGACUCUGCACAGCACAAAGGGGCUUCUAAACCAAUCACAUCCAAAAACACCCUUCCCCUCGCUGCAGCUCCGCUCCCCACUGUCCCUUUGCAUUGCAUCCAGGGAACUCUACGGAAUGCUGACUUCCAGCAUAAUGGACAUUUAGGUCUGAGAGCCACGGAGAGGAAAUGUGCAACUGUCUGUUGUCGUUCAGAUGAAGAUGAUCGUCUGUCGGUGAUGUCGUGGCAGUCUGCAGCAUCGUGCACAAGGGCGUCUGCCAUUCUGGAGCGUGCUCAGAGGAGGCGAGAUAACUUCUGGGGGAAAAGUUGACCUUUGAUGUGAGACCACUCUGCACUGUGUCCUACAACUUGUUUUUAUUUACCAAUGAUCCAGAGUAAUGUUUUUAAUAGAUGUGAUUAUUUAAAAUGAACGAAUCACAUAAUGUAACUUAUGUAAUAUAUUGUGAUUAGGCCCAUACUGUGUGCAUGUUGUGAAGAUGCUUCUGUACAAUUAUGAUCAUGCUGUUCAAUGUUGUAGUGAUUGAAAGCACUGUUUAAGAACAUUAAAUCGGUCAUCAUGUGUGGAUCAGUCACCUGACCUCAUUGUUAUAGGUGACAAACCUCUCAAGAUGUAGGUAACCACAAACAGAAAAUGUGAGUUCUUUUGCAAACCAAUGCAAAGUUUGUAAUCAUUCUGGAAAGGUUUAACAUAAUUAU